AUGUCUUUGACCAAGCAACAACAACUGGUGCUUUCUGGACCACUAGGAAGAAAAAAUUCUCUGUCAAAAGCUUCCAAGCCAUUCCAAAACUUGAAAAAAGAUGAACUGAUCCGAGAACUGAAUACUAGAAGAAUUUAUGAGGGGAACACAAAGAAAGAACUUGAGAAGCUUUUGACAAACGAACUUCAUGGUGUUCAGAGAGUACCAGCUUUACUUUACAAUAACCCAACAUCUACCCUUGAAUCGAUCAACUGUGGGAAGUAUAAAGUACUACGUUUGGAGCCACUGCAUGACAUAGGUAAGCACAUUGAAAAUGUGUCGACAGAACUUCCAUUUCAUCUGCCAGGAAAAAAAGCUACUGCAUUCAAGGACAUCAUCCAUUGUACCAUUGGUGGUAAGGAUACUAAGCACACAUUUGAUUAUAGGUGUGCACUUAUUAUCCUUGCAUCGAAAUCCUCAACCAUUAUUUCCUCAAACCUUGUACAGCAACUACUGACCACCUUAGCAGAAAUCCAGAGAAUUGCAUACAGUUCUGAAGCUGAAAGAACACCGAAAUCGGUUCCACGCCUGCACAACAUGACAUGGUACCAUGGAAUGUUGUUCAGGGAGAUAUUUGGCUUCACAUUAAAAUAA